GGUGUAAAGCGAGAUUUGCUUCUGACGCCAAAGUGCAUAUACUUAAUUGGACGAGAAAAGAUCAAACAGGGCCCAGACAAAGGCCUUGUGAAAGAAGUCCUGAAGCGGAGAAUCGAGAUGGAAAGGAUCUUGUCCGUGUCCCUCAGUACUAUGCAGGAUGACAUUUUUAUCCUCCAUGAGCAAGAGUAUGACAGCUUGCUUGAAUCUGUCUUCAAAACUGAAUUCUUAAGCCUCUUAGCAAAGCGUUAUGAGGAAAAAACGCAGAAGCAACUACCUCUGAAAUUCAGCAAUACGCUUGAACUGAAGUUGAAAAAGGAGAACUGGGGUCCCUGGAGCGCAGGGGGCUCCCGGCAAGUGCAGUUCCACCAGGGCUUCGGUGACCUGGCCAUCCUCAAACCGAGUAACAAAGUGCUGCAGGUCAGCAUCGGACCCGGGCUGCCCAAGAACUCCCGCCCUACCAGAAGGAACACCACCCAAAAUAGAAGUUAUUCCAGUGGGACUCAAAAUGCCAACUACCCAAUGAGAGCCGCUCCCCCUCCCCCAGGAUACCAUCAGAACGGAGUCAUCAAAAACCAGUUUGUGCCACAUCCCCACGCUCCUGGAAACCAGAGAUCCAAUCAGAAAAGCCUGUACACCUCCAUGGCCCGCCCACCGUUGCCACGACAGCAGUCCACUGGCUCAGACCGAGUGUCACAGACACCAGAGAGCCUAGAUUUCCUCAAGGUCCCAGACCAGGGUGCUGCAGGUGUCCGGAGACAAACAACCAGUCGGCCUCCCCCAGCAGGGGGCAGACCCAAGCCCCAGCCCAAGCCUAAGCCUCAGGUGCCACAGUGCAAGGCUUUGUAUGCCUAUGAUGCUCAGGACACAGACGAACUCAGCUUCAAUGCCAAUGACAUUAUUGAUAUUAUCAAAGAAGGUAAGUUGCUGGCUGGCUGGCUGGGACAGCCUCCUAAAGAGCAUGCAGUCAUAUUGCUGUAA